GCAGUCAUUUGCUGAAGGCCAGCUGCAAACACCCUACGUACUUUUGGGCUGGUUGAACACAAAGGGCACGACAAUGUUUUUUUAACUUUUCUUCAUAAGCUCCUCUUUUAUUUGUCUUACCCCACCUGCUACUGGUUGUCAUAGUUCUAUCUUGAACCAUGUGUUCUCUGGCUUUACCCUGCAGUUUAAUUUCCCUCACAGGUUUGGCUGAAGAUGUUCUAAAGUAGUACAAAUUGCUAUCAUCACCGUCUGCUACGACGUAUCUGGACCUUAGCUAAGGCCUGACCUGAAGGUAAGAACAGAAGGCUGCGGAGCUAGGGAUGCUAAGGAGCAGAUGGAUCUAACUUCAGAGCGGCGUUUCCAACCAGGAUAAGUACGGUUGCUAAGAAAGGAGAUCACUUAGGACUGCUGAACAAGUCUGCCAUUAGGUGCAAAGGCCAACAACAGCUAUGGUGCUCGUACUAUCUAAUGAUCUGUAUUCUAAAUGAUACAGAGAAGAAGGGAACCUACUUUAUUCAUUCAAGAUAAGACAAACCAGCAGAUAGACAGUGGCUACCACCCAGAGCACUGCACCUUAAAUGUGGCAGAAAAUGAGGGAACAGAUAUUGAAGACAAAAAGGACUUGGGAAAACAAAAAGGCGUUAAGCACAAGUACUCCAGCGAUGCUUUUAUCACCUGAUGGUAAGGCAGAAUGGGAAAUGGUUUCUCCACUGAAGGCCCUUUUGCAGCCACCGCAGGCAAGCCCUUGGGAGGCGCUAAGGAAAGCCAGCUCCCAUGGGAAUCACUAAGGUACUUCUUUACAUCCCACGUGGUCACUGAUAUUUGGAAUUGCUGACUGAAAGCGAUGAUGGCUAAUUCAAGAACACACUGACACAAACAAGGCAGAAGCCCUGCACAUUUGGCCUACGCAUCACUAGGGACAGCAACAAAACUACACGUCCUGUUUCAUCAGAAGAAACCCCUGCGGUCUCCAGCACUACCGGAGGGAGCUGGCGCAGCCCUAAGCUGGGGUGUUGGACAGAAGAAUUCAGGAGUCGCUGAGCCCGAGAAAAAGAGAUUGUUCUCCUGAAGCCUGAUAAUCAGAGUGCUCCUUGGGCAGUGUUGUGCUAUGUCCCUGACCCAAGGCUUUUGUAUCAUUGACUAUUUCAUGUCCAAUAUCUGAAUCGUUCUUGAAACAGACUGAAAACUCUCUCUUGCUUCUUCAAGCUGAGUACCUGAAGGAGACUCUAGACCAAAGGGCACUACUAAGAUGCUGAAGCUUCUUGACCGUGAUAGUCCAGCACCAGGCAACAGCAGAGACCAGUGCCUGAGCCUACCUGUCCUGUGCUCGUCUUCUGAAAAGCCCAGCUAGUGCCAGGGAUGCUCUCUGCCUCAGCCUCCAUGGUGGUGAGGCAGCAUGGGACCAACAGCCAGCCAAGCUGGCCCUCUAGACCUUCGGCCGUUGGUGGUGCCACCAGGAACCAGCAAGAGGUAGCCCAGCCUCCAGCUCUUUUGGGGUUGUACUUUGGGGAUAAUACAGGUGUGAGAAACUAUGGGCCCACAUCUUCACCUCCAGCUAGGAGGGGAAGUAAAUAGCUUGGCAAAUAAUGAGGUACAAAAAAGUCCUAUGAUGAAAGAAUGGUUAAACAAAGUCUGAAGAAAAAGCAGAAAUGAUCUGGCUCAGAAAUAAUCUGUGUGUAUUGUUCUCAGCUGACUAUUGCCUCUUGUACAUACUUCACAUGUAUUUCCAGUUGUGUAGGGAUGAAGUCAGGAAGGCCAAGGCGCAGCUGGAGCUGAACUUGGCAAGGGAAGUAAAGACCAACAAGAAGAGCUUUUACAGGUGCAUCAAUCAAAAGAGGAAGAUCAAAGAGAACGUACCCCCACUGGUGACUGGAUAUGGGGAUCAUGUAUCAACAGAUGAGGAGAAGACUGAGGUACUUAACAACUUUUUUGGCUCAGUCUUCACCGAUAACUGCUCCCCUCACCUCUCCUGGGUUAUGGACAGCAAGAUGGUGACCAGGGGGGUAGAGCCUCUCCCACAGUAGAGGAGGAUCAGGCUCAUGAACACCUGAGGAACCUGAACAUACAUGUCUAUGGGACCUGAUGAGAUGCAUCCCAGAGUCCUGAGGGAAUUGGCAGAUGUGGUUACCAAGCCACUCUCCAUGAUAUUUGAAAAGUCAUGGCAGUCAGGAGAAGUCGCUGGUGACUGGAAGAGGGGUAACGUUGUGCCCAUUUUUAAAAAGGGUAGAAAAGACGACUCUGAGAACUACCGACCUGUCAGCCUCACCUCUGUGCCUGGGAAGAUCAUGGAACAGAUCCUUCUAGAAGCUAUGCUAAAGCAUGUGGAGGACAGGAAGCAAGUUAUUCCCUCUUUGCCCAGAUGGGUCUGUGCCACACUUAUAAGGAAGUCAUUUAAUUAUGUAAAGCUGCUCCAGGUAAAUGUUAUUUACAGAUGGCUGAAAAAUUUUGGAUUAUAUUCGUUUGCCAAGAAUAACCUCCCUCUUUUCACUCUUGGCAGAGAGGUAUUUUCAGUCGUCAUGGAAUGCAGAUUGCAUAUUCCUGUCUGUGUCUUUUUACUGAUUUUGACUGUUUUCUUUAUGAUUUUUAAAUGGUAACCCUGCAGGCACUGUGGACAUAAUUGAAGUAAGCAAUCUGCUUGUUUACCCCUGUUUUCCAUUAAUUAGAUAUGUGCAAUCUAAAUUUCCUACUGAAAAACACGAGAUGACAUGCUAAGGGGCCAAAUCUGUUUUCCCUCUCAAGGGUGAACUGCCAGUGUUGGAGGAGAUGGCUCCAGAGCAGGGGCACAGCAGUGUUUGUAGCUGUCUCACCUUGGGCUGGACAGUGAGUGGAGGGCAAACAAGUUGCACUGGAAGAGACUGGAGGGGUAACCUGAGAGGAGUCUACCUUUGGCAGCUCCUGGGCGAGUGCCGUCGUGUCCUUUGGGUUUGCUGCAGGCUGGAUGCGCUGGAAGGUGAAUGCAUGUCUAGCAUGAAGCCAUGGCAUUGUCCCUAGGCAGUGUGAAAUGUUGCUCCGGGAAUUUGACCGCCUGUUUGUGCCAGGCUCACAGCUGUGUCGAUAUGCCUCCUGGAUGCUUUUCUGUGGCCAGAUUUCUUUUUUUUCCUACUUUGCUCACUGCUGACCUAGUGGCUCAAAUCUUCAUUUUUAUUAAUUAUCAAGGUGCACUCUCUAAUCUGAACAGUUACUUCUAAUCUACAGCAGCUAUCCCUAUUUGCCAAGGGAUCUCUGUGAUCCCCAGAGACAAUUUUAUUGAGAAAUGGCCCAGCUCUGCAGUGGCCACAUAUUGAAAACAGGCCAGUAAUCAAUUGUCAAGUUCAGCUGAGAACCGAAGGAUCUGCGAAGAGCAAACUUCCUAAAAAGAAGUCAAAGUGAUCCUCAUGUAACAGGCAAGAACAAGCUGUUUUCAGUCUGCCCACAAAUGAGAAGAGAGGAGAUGGAAUAACCUCAGUUCUGGGUGUGCAGAAUGGCAGGUAAGUGGAGAACUUCAUAAAAGAAGACAUCAGUGAAAAUGGAGCUCUGGUGUAAGUCCUGAGGCAAUCAUAAGGAAAAUCUUUGGAACUAGAAGAAAUUGGUGCUGAUUUUUUAGGUUCUUCUGUUGCAGCAAGGACACCAAGCUGGGAGAAUACCAUCAAGGUACUUUGCUGCCACUGGAACUGACAGGAGAUACUCAUUCUCCCCUUUCCAGUUUGUGCAGGAUCAGGUGCAGUUUUAAGCAUACUGGCGGUUGUAACUGAGUAGCCUGGUCUUGGUCCCCAGUGAAGAACCUGUAGGGAGGAGUCCCACAUGUGAAGGAGACCUUGCUGCUCCUGGCAGGUCAGACACUUUGGUCUGGAUCCAUUGACAAAGCUGAACACGUGCCUAUGUACUUUGUGAGCUUGGGGCCCACUGUUUUUUUUACUGAAAGGGAUAGAUAAGUGGUUCCUUGAAACUAAUGGCCUCUUUUGUCUAUAUGUACGCUAUAAUCCUAUUGCAGUCCUGUAACAACCUCCCCGAUGUCAGACUGGCCUUGUACACACUCACAUUAAUGAGCUAUCGCAUCCUACCUCUCUGCCCAGUGCACGCCCUCCUCCCUCUUGCCUUUCCUCUGUUGCUCUGAAGCACAUUUUUCUUGGGCUUGCUCGUUGCUUGCCUGCAGUGAUAGGUGUGUGCCCUUUGCUCACUGGGAGUCUGGCAGUAAAUCACAGUUUUGCUUUUUUUCCUUUUUACAUUCUGGAGCAGCUGCUCUGAUUAGUUUGAAGUGGAAUCAAAGACCUAUAAAUGGGGAGAAUCCUGAAGAUGUACUAGGAGACAGGAGUUCAGUGCCUUAGAAUGCAUGGAGAACAGAAAAUGACAGAGCCUGAAAAUAAAUGGCCUGAAAAGUGUUUAUGACCAGGCAUUAAAACAGGAUAUGGUCACUGAUGCUUAAAGAGACUUUGAAAUAUUCACAUCACAAUGGAGUUACUGAUGUGAUAAAUUAGAGGACUACUCGAACAGGUCACGCUGAAGCAGCCUGCCAGAUGAACAGGUGGAUCUGCAGUAACGGUGCUGAUCAACUUGAAAAAGAGACUCUUGUUUACAAUAUGAUCCAGGACAGAGGGGAAGGCACUGAAGUGGCAAAUCCAUCAAUCCUUGGCAGGCGAGAAAAGAACAGCUGGGAGGACGACAACCACUGGUGGCAGUCAGAAGAGAAUGUUUGGCCACAAUCUAAUUGUAAUGGAUGUGGGUAACAAGACAAUGCGUCUAAUUGUCAGCUCUUCAUACGUGAUGAAGACCUGAAAGCAGAGCUGAGUGUUUUCUUGGCUUUGGCAUCAAUAAUUGCAAAGAUGCUGACACAGAUGCACAGCUGAGGCGGGUUGCGUGUGAAUGAGCAGAAUCUGCUCUUGUCAGCUGCCCUGGCUUAGGGGAGGAUGCUGAGGGGACACUAAUUUCUCCGGUGAGGCUCUCCCGUGGAAGAUGCUUUCCUGUGACUGGCUGGAUGCUGCUCGCGUGUUUAGCUGUCACAGAAAGUGAAAGAUGAAGCCUCUUGUUCUCUUGGUUCUUGUGAUCUGUACUGUAGUCAGCAUGAAUUUGAAGCUUGUGUCAAAGAGAAAUUCUGUUGAUGGUUGCAUUGACUGGUCAGUGGAUCUCAAGACAUACAUGGCUUUGGCAGGUGAACCAGUCCGAGUGAAAUGUGCCCUUUUCUACAGCUAUAUCAGAACUAAUUAUAGCAUGGCCCAAAGCACAGGUCUUAGGCUUAUGUGGUACAAAAACAAAGGAGAUUUAGAAGAACCCAUUAUAUUUUCUGAAGUUAGGAUGAGCAAAGAUGAAGAUUCAAUAUGGUUUCACUCGGUUGAGUUGCAAGACAGUGGUUUCUACACGUGUGUUCUAAGAAACUCAACGUAUUGUAUGAAGGUGUCCAUGUCCUUGACGGUAGCUGAGAAUGAAUCUGGGCUUUGCUACAACAGCAAGAUCAGAUAUCUGGAAAAAUCAGAAGUCACUAAGAGGAAGACAAUUUCCUGUCCUGAUAUUGAGGAUUACGAAACGGCCGGUCAAGAGCCAGAUGUGGUGUGGUACAAGGAAUGUAAGCCAAAAAUGUGGAGAAGUGUUGUAAUUCAGAAGGGAAAUACUCUCUUAAUACAAGAUGUCCAGGAGGAAGAUGGAGGAAAUUAUACGUGUGAACUGAAGUUUGAAGGCAAACUUAUACGAAGAACAGUGGAAUUGAAGGUUACUGCUUUACUCACAGACAAACCUCCAAAGCCAUUGUUCCCCAUGGAGAACCAGCCAACUGUUAUAGAUGUCCAGCUGGGAAACCCACUGACUGUGGCCUGCAAAGCUUUCUUUGGAUUCAGUGGAGAAUCGGGCCCCAUGAUCUACUGGAUGAAAGGAGAAAAAUUCAUAGAAGAAUUAGAAGGCCACAUUAGAGAAGGCGAAGUCAGGCUCCUCAGAGAACAUCUUGGAGAAAAAGAAGUUGAAUUGACAUUGAUCUUUGAUGCUGUAGAGGAGGCAGACCUGGCUAACUAUACGUGUCAUGUGGAAAACAGAAACGGACGGAAACAUGCCAGUGUUCUUCUGCGCAAGAAAGAUUUGAUCUACAAAAUAGAGCUUGCUGGAGGACUGGGAGCCAUCCUUCUUCUGCUUAUUUUGUUCGUGACCAUCUAUAAGUGCUACAACAUAGAGUUAAUGCUGUUCUACAGACAGAACUUUGGAGGAGACGAAGCAGCUGAUGACAACAAGGAAUAUGAUGCGUAUCUUUCAUACACCAAAGUGGAUCCUGAUGCAUUAGACUGUGAAAAUAAUGAAGAGGAGCAGUUUGCACUCGAAAUUCUGCCAGAUGUUCUAGAAAAGCACUAUGGAUAUAAGCUCUUCAUUCCGGAUAGGGACCUGAUCCCUAGUGGAACCUACAUUGAAGAUCUCACAAGAUGUGUUGAACAAAGCAGAAGACUCAUUAUCGUGUUAACUCCAGACUAUGUUCUCAGGAGAGGAUGGAGUAUUUUUGAGAUGGAAAACAGACUCCAUAACAUGCUAGUCAGUGGAGAAAUCAAAGUUAUUUUGAUUGAGUGCACUGAAUUAAAAGGGAAAGUGAACUAUCACGAAGUGGAAUCUUUAAAGCACACCAUCAAACUCCUCUCAGUGGUCAAGUGGAAAGGACCAAAAAGCAGCAAACUGAAUUCUAAGUUUUGGAAGCGCCUAGUCUUUGAAAUGCCAGGGAAGAAAAAGGAAGUGUUGUCUCGGCAUCAGGUCCUGGAUUCUGCAGAGCAGGGCCUUUUUGGAGACCUCCAGACUGUACCCUCUCUUGCCGUCACAGGCACUUCUGCCACAUUGGUAGAAUCACAGGCUGAUUUAACUGAUUACCAUCAAGCAGACGCUGUGCAAAUGAGACAUUAUUGUAGAGGAUAUGAAUAUGAUGUAUCAGCAGCAACAUUGCCAAUAGCUUCCAUAAGCAACCAUCACACGUGCUGUAACAUCCCUUUGACACUGCUAAAUGGACAGCUACCUCUUAACAAUACUGUGAAGGAUCCCCAAGAGUUUCACAGGAACAACCCAUUGCUACCUUUAUCAGCAAAGGAGCUUAGCUUCACCAGUGAUAUUUGGUAGUGAAGAUAAGGACGCUUUUGAGAUGCUUCAUGACCAACAUGAAGACAUGUUUUUAAAGAACUUUGCCCUAACCCCAUGGGGUGAGAAAACCUAUUUGAAGCAGCGGCACACUUGUUUGCUUUUCUACUUGAACUUUUUUGUUUACAUUUACAAAUUAUUGACAAAGGGGGCAUUCUUUUGUAACUCAGUAAUGUCCUUUCUGUCUUUUAAUGUACAGUUUUAUUGCUUCUUUAAAAAGGAGGGGGGGACAGAAAAAAACACAUCCCACCAUUUUACAAUAGGUUUACAAUCUGGGAUGGAUAAAAGGUCACUGUAUAUGACCUCCACCAUCCAUACACAUUUAAGUAAUGGUAUUUUAAAUACAUGGAAGUUGUUGGGUUUUUCAUAUAGACUUCGGUGCAGUUUGAAAUUCUAAUCAUGCUAUGAAAAUUAUUAUCUCCUGCACAGACCACAAGGAGUGAAUCAUUCUCAAAAGUAAAGAGGAGGAAACCUUCCUGGUAACAUUUUCUUGCAAAUACAUUUUAGAAGAUGAUCAGCUGAAACAACGCAGAUGAAGCUUUAUCAAUAAAAUGCAUAGUAACAGUUGCUGAAGAAUAAAUCACCUGCUCACAUCAGCAUCUCUUCAUUUUAUUAUUGAGGCAUGUUUUAUUCCUAGUCAAUGGUUAGGAAUGUGGUUUUAUUAAACAACUUUCUAGAGCAUCAGAAGAUGUUUAGGAGGAUUUUAAACACUUUUUCUGUCAAUUAUAGAUUAUUCUACUUUUUUUUCAGAUUUCUAAUGACUUUUUUUAAAACUGUUUAAGUAUAAAUUUAUCAGUCAAUUCAUUAAUUUGAAAUUUCUUAAGAUCUCUGGAGCUCUUUUAAGGUUUGUAGUUAAUUCAGUGUAAUUUUACAUAGCAUUUUUUUUCCAAAAUCAGUAGUUACAAUUUGAAGUUAAGCUUUUGGUGAGGACAUCAGCAAUAGAAAAUAUUUACUACAGCAAUAGUCAGAGGUGAAGUGCUAAAUUAUUGAGGUUUACUAGUAGUCUGACUUCAAUUGCAGUGAUAAUCACCUGAGACAGUUCUCUCUGUUUAUCUACCGGUCAAUUUAUGUACCUUUUAAAUAUGGCUGAAGCUGGUGAGAAGUGAUUUUUUAAGCCCCUGGUAAGAUGUUGCAUUUCUAACAUGAAUGAUCCCAUCAUUCAAAUAGUCAUCUAUCUUUCAUGCAAAGCAAUCUUGUCGCUUGCGGAUGAGAGAUGCUAUACAGGUACUCAGCAUCAGGCGUUACUGCUCCGCGAGUUGAGUUUCUUUAGACCAGUGGUGUUACAGAGAUUUCCAUACUCGGUUGAUUAAGGUGUUCAAAAUCGAACAUAGGACACAACAGCAUUCAAGGAAAAAGCCCUAAAUAAUGACCGCCAAAGCCAGUUUUGCAGGUUUUGGCACAGCUUUAAUGAAAACAGAGUAGACAUCAGAGCUUUGUCUCAAUAACAUUGAGAGCAAGUUCCCAAAAAUAUUUUUAUGGCAGGCAAACUUGCUUGUAUUUCAGUAUGUUUUUAGAAUUGUUCUCUUUGAUUGCAUGAAUAAAAGUUAGCACUCUGCACUCAGCUGCCUGUGGUUUCAUCAGCAAACAAGUUCAGUAAAUCCUUGACAUUUCGCAGUGGUUCCUAAAUUGUACCCUACAGUCAAAUGGAAAUAAACACUGACCUAAGACUUAAAAGUAUCCAAAACUGGCCCAAAGGCCAUGAGAAAUAUCUCAAAUCUGCAAUAAUUCAUAGAGGUCAGUAUUUUUCCAUUACUUCUUUCCCCAGUUCUUUAUUCUGUGCCCUCUUACACCAGUUACUAUCUGUAAAAUUUUCAUGAAAUUCUAAAUAAUAUGUUUCUCUUGUUUUUAUUUCCUAGUAUUAUUAUGCAUUUGACACUAAUGCUGAAAAUGGAAAUCUAGAGACGAUAUUAAUUUAUUACACAGUGUAGUACUAUAACUUGCUCUUUUGUGAAGUUUCAAACAUAUAGGUGUUUAAUAUACGUAUUUUUAUACUGAGAAAGUAAGUGAUUUUACCUCCAUUAUAAAUAUAUGUAUUCCAACCUCCUCCCAGAAAUUUACAGAAUUUGCACUGUUUUAUAAGUGUUACAAACUGUGUUUACACUGGCUAUGUUCAUUAAUGCAAAGUGUAAUUAAAAAAAAGGAUAAAAAAAGCAACUAAAGGAAAACCCUGCAUGAAAAGAGCUGCAUAUGUUUAAAUGAAAAGCUGUACUUUUCAUUAUUUUCCUUUCCACAUUACUCUACAAUCUGGUUAAUUCACAUAGAAUGUUCAGUGAGAUUUUAAACCUACUAGUUCUGUACUAAGCAUGCAAACAAAAAAAAAAAAGAAAAAAACAGAAGAAAAAGUGUAUGCAGAUUGGUCUGCCUUCUUUUAUUUACAAUGCCUAAAUAUGGGUAGCAAAUUCAUUUACCUGAUGGCAAUUUCUCUUAGAGCAGUAGCUAUUGGAAAGCAAAAUGCAGUCAUGUUUGCAUUUGAGGUGCCAUGAAAAGAACAGUUUUUUCUGUCAUUUUGCAAAAGCACAUUGUGUGUCUGUGUAUUGAAAUAUUUUAGUUAUAGAUGACAAGUCACAAUCUGCUUUGAGAUUUCAAAGUGUGUAUCUAGUACUACGAUAAUAUAUACCUGAAUCGGAACCACCUGUACCCCUCUGCUUUUAGUAUGGGGAUGGGGACCAGAGCUCAGACUGCUCAUUGCCUCGGUUUCAUGUGAUACCAGGACAACCUGGUAGAGGCCAAGUGUUUCUGUAGGUAGCACAUACGGGUCUGGAAAAGUAGUCAAACAGUGAGAUGUGUUUAUUAGUGGGACUUGGAUGGCACAGAGACUUAAAGCCUGGCUCACUGUGAAAAUCCCCUCUGGCAGGGACCCUCGUGGCAGCGGCGACAGCUGCAUCGGGGCAUUGGUGGCAAAAAUGUUCUAGCUUGUUCAUGUGAACUUCAUUAGCUGAAAUAGAAGGGCGUAAGGGCAUUUUGCAUUCCUCUGUCUCACCAAAGCCAUGUAAUUAUUCAGCUGGGUUUACCGGGGAGGAGGCCAGGGCACUGCGCUGACAGUGCUCGGUGCUGCAUCUCUGUGUGACUGUGCAGCCCUCACCACCCCCAGCUUGUGCCUUCCUUAUCCAAACAUCCUUAUUACAACCACGUGGGGACUCUGAUCUGGGGCAUGUUCAUCUUAAAGAUGGUUUAUUAUAAUGUUUGGAAAUUACUGUUUGUAUACUUACCUUUGUGUGUGACGUCUUUCGGAAGCAAUUAUGGUUUGAAGGUUGUAUAUAAAAUGAGCUAGAAACCAGAAACCUAUUCAGCCUUUACAGAUUUUAUGUUCCUAAAGAAAGCUCAGAGAGGAAAACAGGGUAAUUUUAAAUUAAGUAACAAAGUAGAGUGAAUAUUGACAAUUUCUAGGGACUGUGUACUGACCGGUGUUUUAACUGUUAACAGCAGUGUUCCUUUCUCUAGACAGUGGGUGAGAAACCUUAAAAGAUGUUGUCCUACUCUGCCUACAGGUCUGUUCCAAAACCCAUUCAAGCCAACAGAAAAAGUUCCAUCAAGUUCAGCAGACUUUGAAUAAUGCCAUAAAACCUUAGGUUUAGUGUGUACAGAGGAAUCCAAAAGACAAAAGGGAGAGAAAGAAGUCAAGAGACUAGGAAGCAUUUGCUUAUUUAAUCUGCCUAAAAUCAAGCUUAUUUUUGUCCCUGGUUGGUGUGGAUAUGGUCUGGGACUAUCCAGCCUUGGGAAAGGAAUUUUAUUCAUUCUUUGUUAUAAACAAGAUAAGAACUUGGGAAUAAAUAACAGAUACUUUUAGGAAAAUAAAAACCCCACAUGAUUUUUAAGUGCUUUUACUCUGCUCUCAGCAGCUCCUUUGAUUCAACAGUCUUUCUGUGUUCAUCCAAAUGCAUAAGCACGUACUUAAAUUCCCCUUAAUUCAGUGAGAAAUACUUUACUGAGCAGGGGCCUGGAAGAGUAAUUCAGUGCCAGAAAUCAUGCCGUUUAGCAGCCUUUAGAAUUGUGCCAUUAUGGAGAGCCUUUGAGUAGCUUUUCUGAUUUCAGUCUCUGAAUAGAUGUGAGUAUUACAGCAGAACAGUCGUCAGGUCCCACGGUCCUGGUUACAAGCGAGAAAGUCUUCAAUACUUGUUAGCCUGGCAGUGACAUCUCCCUGGGAACUCAGUGGUAGACCUGAGAACAAUGGCUUUUUUCAUUCUGUCCCAGUUGGGCAACUGAGAGCUUACUGCAUGGGCAGCAACCAUGGGACGGCUUGGUUAGAAAUACUGUCUGCCAGAAAGUUCUACCUCCAUGUGGGAUUUCAUACAUCUUCUCUUGUGCACUCUUCUUUUGCGUGCACCCUUUGAGGGUCAUGCUGGGGCUGCAAAGUUCCUGGGAUAUUAAGAGUAAGUGAAGAGUGUGAAGAAAGGAGAAGAAGAAGAGAGCAGUCAGAGUCCAAGGGUUUUCCAGGCAGAAACACUCAUUCAGUAGCACAAUGAGAGCUCUUGCAUGAAUGCAUCACGUUUGUCCACCACUCAAUGAAUGCUGAGCAAAGUUCCCCAGAAAAAUAUUAUUUCUUGCCAGCUCACUUGCUUCAGAACCCUUGUCUUGAUAAUUUUAAAAUUAAAUUUGACUUUCUCAUUGGAUGGGAAACUUUCUCAAUUUAUUCCUUACGGGGGAAAAAAAACAAACCACCACCAACAAAAAAAUACAAACGGCUACUUCUUUACGUUUUUUUAAAUUCCCCUCAAAGUAAGAACUUGUGCUUUCUGGUGGUCGUAUGGGUUUGAAACUCGUGUAUAAUGCUAGAAAUGUUACUAGGUCACCUCUGGUGAGGUGGAUGAGGUGACCAGUGUCUGCAGCAUAGUGGAUCCCAUCACUGCAGAAUACAACUUCUGGCUCUGGCAUUUCCCAAUCAGCUCACUUUUGCCACUCUCCUCUUCUACCAGAGCUGCAUUUCCAAUAAGUGUGGUUGAAAGUCAGGAGGAAAGUGCGUACCAAAUAUUACUGUUCAGGACUGUCCCACCAGCAGUUCUGCAGCUCUUGCAACAUGUAGCUGCUGGCUGCUGUAUCGUUUUCCAUCGCUACCGUCCCUGGGGGUCUCAGUCUUGUAGUCUGCUGAGCAGUGCAAUCGCAACUGGAGCCUGUUUUUCCAAAGCAAUUGGGCCACACAGGAGUCAGAUAUUAUCAAAAGUCCAUGGGAAUUAGUCAUAGUCCUCGGUUUUUGCGUUACUAACGUUAGUAAGGGAGGACUGUGAGAAAUAAUGACUGGUCUGAGCAGCAGAGCAGGAAGAGCUGCACCACGGUGGCAGGGAGCCAAUGGGCCCUUCAUCACGCAGGUCAGGAGGAGAAUGGGUACAUGAACAUUACAAAGCUGUUCAUUUAAUGUAAUCAAUAUUCGCCUAUUUCCUUAUAGAAUAAAGAAAAAUACAUAAAAGUACCUUCUUCCAUGGUCUUCAAAGUAUUUAAGGUUUUGAAAUUUCAUAAAUAAUAGUGAUUAAGACAGUUCCACUUCAGCACUAGUUAGCACAGCAAACGUUAAAAAUAUGGGAUUUUGGAAUACUUUGUUACAGCAGGAAAGCAAAUUUUGAAAAUGGAAAA